UUUUUCCUUCAGCUCCUUGAACCAACUUUCACAAAUAGCCUUAAUAUCCCAUGGCUAACCUUCACAUCUUCCUCAAGAUAUAUACACUACUUGUGUCCAUCCUCCUCUUCUCUUUCACCACCAUUUCUUCAACUUCAAUCCAUGACCUUCUCAGAAGUAGGGGACUCCCAGCUGGAUUAUUCCCAAAAAAUGCUGUAAAAUCAUAUGAUCUUGAUGAAAAUGGCCACUUACAAGUCUACUUGGAUAGUCCAUGUGUUGCAAAAUUUGAGACAAGGGUGGCUUUUGAUAGCGUUGUAAGAGCUAAUCUUAGCUAUGGUGAGCUAAUUGGAGUGGAGGGUCUUUCUCAAGAAGAGCUUUUUCUUUGGUUACCAGUGAAAGAUAUCAUAGUUUAUGAUCCUUCUUCUGGUCUCAUCUUGUUUGAUAUUGGUCUUGCUCAUAAACAAAUGUCCCUUUCGCUCUUUGAAGAGCCACCUAUUUGUAAUCCUCAAGGAAAUGCAGGUGUGUUGAUGGAGAAGGAAGGAAGAGAGGAGUCUGGAUUUCAGAUUAAAAGAUAAAAGAAAACUUGUUGUCAGUGGAAUCUGAUAUAAAAAAACUUUCAGUUUUGCUGUAGCUUGUGUUCUUUCAUUUUUGGCUUUGUCUCAUUUUGAGGGUGGUUGAUGAAGGCUUGAAGCUUCAAAAAAAGAGAAGUGCAAUGAAAUGAGAUUCUCAAUUAGGUGCUUGUAGGGUUGUAUAAAGUGGAAACUAACAGUAUAAAGUUUUGGAAAGUGAAAGUGAGAAAAUUUUGGAA